AUGGCAACGCGUCUGACUUCUAAUCAGAAGAUUGUGGGUUCGACCCCCACCGUGAGUGUUUUUUGCUCAACACAACAGAAAUAUAUCCUCACUGACGAUGAACCUUUGGUGACUACAAAUCAUAGCAUCUCAUCCAAUACAUCACUCUAUAUCAUGAAACAGCAAUUAAGAGAGUUUUUUGGUCCUCGUCGCCUGUAUUUUGUAUGUGGAAAGGUGUAUCAAGAUCAAUCUUACGCUAACAGGCUUGUUCAUUGGUUUGUGCUGCGCAAUUUGCCCGUAGUCCCCGUAACUCCAAGAGGCGGAGAAAUACCACUGGCUAAUGGCAAGAAAUCACUCGAAAUCAGCAAAUCCAUCUCAGAUGGACUCAAUGCCUCUGAACUUAAAAAUUCAAUUGAUGGCAUUAGCGUUUGUUUCGUAACCCCACCUCCCAUAACACUUUCCAUACUGCAACAACUGAAGGAAGCAGAAUUACCAGUGCGCAGCGUAUGGUUCCAGCCAGGCUCUUGGAAUAUGGACUGUGUUAAAAGCGCUGAGAACGAUUUGCACAUUGAGGGUUCGAAGGUCAUUAACGACUGUAUUCUGAUGAAUGGACACGCCAAUUACGUCAAGAGCGAACUCACACAAGAGGAUUGA